CGAUCAACAACUCCGAGGAGCCUGCGGAGCCUGUUACGGUCGGGGCUGUAGCGUCCGCAGCCGCCAGUAUUUGGUAUUAUGACUUUUCAAAAGAAAACAGAAGAGCAUCCUUUUGUGGAUAUAUUUGAUGAAGAUGAAACUGAGAAAAACUUUUUGUUGUCCAAACCUGUUUGCUUUGCUGUAUUUGGGAAACCAGGAGUUGGGAAGACAACAUUAGCCCAACAGAUAUCACAGGCAUGGAAAUGUAUUCGUGUUGAAGCUUUGUCAGUUUUGGAAGAACAGCUUAUGUCUGACACCGAAUCGGGACUUAUGGUGCAAUCAAUGUUGAUCAGUGGUCAAAGCAUUCCAGAUGAACUUGUCAUGAAGCUGAUGUUGAAGAAACUCAACUCCCCAGAAGUGGCUCACUUUGGCUAUAUUAUCACUGAAAUACCAUCACUUUCACAGGACUCCAUGACUACCAUGCAGCAAAUAGAAUUAAUUAAAAAGUUAAAUUUGAAACCUGAUGUUAUAAUCAAUAUUAAGUGUCCUGACUUUGAUUUAUGCCAAAGAACUUCUGGGCAAAGACAGCACAGUAGCACGGGGCACAUAUACACGAAAGAGCAGUGGGAUCCCGAAGUCAUUGAGAGUCGUAGGAAGAGGAAGAAAGAAGCCCAUAAAGAAGGAAGACUGGAGGAGGAAGGCGAAGAGGAGGGAGAGGAAGAGGAAGAAGAGGCAUUUCUUGCUGAAAUGCAGAUGGUGGCUGAAAUUAUUCACCAUCUAGUUCAGAGGCCUGAGGAUCAUUUGGAAAAUGUUGAAAACCUUAUUCAACUUUAUAAGGAAACAAUUCUCCAUUCUUUAGAACAAGUAAUGGCUGAACACGAUCCCCAGUAUCUCAUUGAGCUAGAUGGAAAUAAGUUGCCAGAGGAGCUCUUCAUGAUAGUUAUGGAACGACUUAAAUAUCUGAACCUAAAAACAGCAGCUGUUUUAAUCAAACUUCAGAGCGCAGAGGAAGAAAUGAAUGACAUAAUGGAAACCGAUGAGCUGCUCCGCACUGUCGCAUCUUAUAAACUCAUUGCGCCUAGAUAUAGAUGGCAGAGAAGCAGAUGGGGACGUAUAUGUCCUGUGAAUUUAAAAAAAGGUAACAUUUAUUCAGGAUCACCAGAUUUUGCUGUAAGUUUUCUAGGUAAAAUGUACUGUCUUUCAUCCGAAGAAACACUAAAAACAUUUUUACUGAACCCACGUCCUUACCUUCUUCCACCUAUGCCAGUACCACCGUGUAAACUAUUCAUAUGUGGACCUCACAAUUCAGGGAAAACAACACUUAGCAAUUUGCUCGCAGAACAUUACAAAGGAAAGGUAAUUGACUAUGCCACACAUGUUCAACCACGUUUUGAUAAAGCCCGUGAAACAUUAAUAAAAAAUACUAUAGCUCAGGCCACUGAGGCAGCUAUUAAAGCUGUGAAAGAAAAGCUUCUCGCAGAACUACAAGCUAGAAAACAAGCUCAGCUAGAUGCAAGAGAACUUCAAAGACAAUAUGAAAAAAAGGAUUCUGUAGUGUUACUAGAAGAAGCAUAUAAAAGCAGAGACACCGUGCUGUUUUCAAGUGAAGCAUCCAUUCAUGACUCCCAAAGACAUAGCUCUCAAGUGGACAGCGCAGAAACCAAAACAAAGUCAGAAAGUACCUUCUCUGACCAAGCUGCUAAAGUUGAUAAAGAUGAUGAAGAAGGAACCAGUGAAAUAUCCACAUUGAGUUCUGAAGUCCCUAGUCAAGAUUUAAGCUUGUCAGACAAAGCAUUAGAAGUCUCAAUAGAUGAGGUAACUGCAAAUCAUCCAGAGGUUCUGUCUAUGAUUGAAGAGACUGUAAAGGCAUCAAAGUAUAUGAACUAUGAAUAUCCAUAUGGAAAACAUGCUGAAAUCUUAGAGGAAGUCCUCACAGAGGUAAUGACAGAAAACAAGAAUAGGUUUUCUGGUGCCCCAGAACAAGGAGGAUGGAUUCUGGACAACUGCCCUCUUGUAAAAGAACUAUGGGCGUUCAUCUUCGAGAGAGGAAUUAUGCCUGAUUUGAUAAUCUGUUUAUCAGAUACCGAAACCAAUGGAAAAUAUUUACUGAAUAGACUAUAUUUAAAGAAUAAAGCUGAAAUUGAUGCUAAGAUUUUAGAAAGAUUAUCAGAUGAACAAAAGAAAAAAAAAGAGGAAGAAGCAGCAAGAAAAGCCACGGAAGAGGCAUCAAGACAAGAAGAAGAAAAACAAAGGCUAAUAGAAGAUUUGAAUUUGAAAACAAAAGAAGUUGAUGAGCUGUUUACUGAGGCUGAAGAGGAGAGUGAAGGUGAGGGGUCUGAAGUUCGUGAAGAAUCUGAGGCAACUGAAGUAUCGGAAGAGCCCAGAGGGUCGCUGUUACCUGUUGAAUCCGAAGCAUCUGCAGCCCCUGAACCAGAACCUGAAUCGGUACCUGAGCCUAGUGAGGAUACUACAGUUGAAACAGAAAUCCCAAAAGUAUCCAAAGAUGGCCUGGAAAUUGAAGAAUUAGCUGACACAGUUGUACUACCUGAGUUUCCAGAAGAUGCUUAUCCUGAUGUUCUUGAAAUGGAACCCUUCAAAGAGAAGGUUAAUAAUUUCUUCAUUGCAUGGAAAAUUCUGGAAUCAUUCUUUCAUGAGUCUUUCAUUCAAAUUUUAAACUUGGAAAUUCCCCACAAGACUCCAGAGGAACUACUUGAAAAAGUAGUUGAGACUAUGGAAAAACCCUUUCAGUAUACUGCAUGGGAGUUAACUGCAGAUGAUUAUGAGGAAGAAGCAGAUGACUAUCAGGCUGAAACAGAGGUUGGUGAGGAACUGGAAGAAGAGGAAGAGGAAGAGGAAGAGGCAUGAAUUAAAGAGAAAAGGAGGCAUUUGGGAGAUACAAAGCACUUUUGUCCAGUGGUUCUCAAGGAAAACUUCAUCCUACAACCAGGCAGCACGGAUGAUGCAGUUAAAUAUCGAGAAAAGAUCUACUAUUUUUCAAGUCCAGAAGCUAAAGAUAAAUUUUUGGAUCAUCCCGAGGACUACGUGGCUCAUGGAGAACCAUUGAAGGCUCCUCCAUUAAGAAUAUGCCUUCUUGGCCCUCAUGGCUCUGGCAAAACUACAUGUGGAAGACAGUUGGCAGAAAAGCUGGAAAUCUUUCACAUUCAGUUUGAAGAAGCUCUUCAAGAGAAAUUAAUGCUCAAAACUGAAAAGAGAAUUGGACCUGAGUUUGAUGAAGAGUCCGAGGAAGAACUCGAAGCAAAGCAAGAACUUGAAGAGCUUGCAAUUCAGACCAAUGUCAAAAUCGAGGAAGACAACACCAAAAAGCCGCUUCCAGACAUACAACUUACAGAAGAAGAAGAAGCAAUCAAAAUAAGUCUGAUAGAAAACGAGCCAUUGCCUCCUGAAGUUCUUGAUGUGAUUCUUUCUGAGUGGUGGCUUAAGGAGCCAAUACGCUCCACAGGUUUUAUACUAGAUGGUUUCCCACGAUUUCCCGAUGAGGCCCAGUUUCUAGGGGAGCGUGGAUUUUUCCCAGAUGCUGCCGUUGUUAUACAAGUUGAUGAUCAAGAUAUUUUUGAUCGUCUCCUCCCUUCCAAACUUGAAAAGUGGAAACUGAAACAAAAGAAGAAAUCAGAAAGGAAAAAACUCAUCAAGGACAUGAAGGCAAAAAUCAAGGAAGAUAUGAUUUCCAAAAGAAGGGCUGAACUUGUGUUAGAGAGAGACAAAAAAAGGAAAGGGGAGAGUUCCUUUAAAGAAGAUGAAGAAGUUAGUGAGGAAGACCUUGAAGAUGAUGAUGAAGAUAUCGAAAACAUCCUUGAAGACGAGUUUCCAAAAGAUGAGGAAGAGAUGAGUGAGGAAGAUGAACAGGAAAUUGAUGCAAUUGAACACCUGAGAAGUGAACUGGGAGAAAAAUUUGAAGCAGAUUUGCAUAAUUUACAAAGUAUACAGGAUGAAUUUGAGAGGCUUUUGAUACCAAUAAUGCUCAUUAAUGGAGCUCGGAAAAUCCACAUUGUACAAUACAUGUUGAAUAUGAGAGUGAAACCACUGGUGGAAAAUCGUGCAAGCAUUUUUGAGAAAUGUUAUCCAGUAUCUAUACACACUGCCCAGAAAAUGCUUGGCCUUACCUACAAGUAUAUAAGUUCAUUUGGCUAUUGGGACCCUGUAAAGCUAAGUGAAGGAGACACAAUCAAGCCAGUUCAAAAUUCAGAGAAUCCAAUUUAUCCUGUAAUUCAUCGUCAGUAUAUUUAUUUUUUAUCUAGUAAGGAAACUAAAGAUAAAUUUAUGAAGAACCCAAUCAAAUAUAUCUGCCAACCCAAACCUAAGCCCACUGUGCCUGUUAGGAUUAUAAUUGUGGGGCCUCCAAAAUCUGGGAAAACUACAGUUGCCAAAAGAAUUGCAUGUGACCAUGGCUUAAAGCGCUUGUCCAUAGGGGAUGCUUUGCGUUGUAUAUUAACCUACCACCCAGAAACAGAGCUGGCACUGAUGUUGAAUUGGCACCUUUACAAAGGAAUGGUAGUACCCGAUGAACUGGCUAUCCAAGCCUUGGAGCUGUGUCUGAUGGAAAGCGUGUGCAAUACUGCAGGUGUUGUCAUUGAUGGAUACCCUACAACUGAAUAUCAAAUGAAUCUCUUGGAAGACAGGUCGGUCAUCCCAAUGAUCGUCUUAGAGUUGGUUGUGCCUUCCAAGGAGAUUUUCAAAAGAUUGAUGGUGGAAAAAAAAGGUGAAGAAAGUUUGCCUUACCCAUUGCACAAUAGUGCACAGAUUAUAGCUGUCAGGAAUGCAAAGUACCGUAAAAAUGUCGAGGUGAUUCGGCAAUAUUAUCAAGAACAGCAUCAGAACUGGUAUGUGAUUGAUGGAUUUCACAGCAAAUGGUGGGUAUGGAACGAAGUCAUUAAGAAUGUUCAGAUGGUGAAUAAAUACAUGCAGACAUAUCUGGAAAGAAUAAAAGAAGGAAAAGCUGCCUGCAUUGACAAGCUAUGUAUCACACCACAAGAGCUGCUUUCUCGCCUGGGAGAAUUUGGGCAGUUCUGCCCUGUCAGCCUGGCAGAAGCACAGGAAUUAUUUGAUUGCUCUGUAUCCAGCUCCUUGGAAUUUGCAGCAGAGUUCAGGGGACACUAUUAUAAAAUGAGUUCUCAGGAAAAACUAAAUAAAUUCUUGGAGAACCCAGAAUUGUACGUGCCUCCCUUAGCACCUCAUCCACUCCCGCCUGAGAACAUGCUCCCCAAAAGGCUGACGCCCUCUGAGCUGAAGAGUCGCUUCCCCAAGUGUGCCGAGCUCCAGGGCUACUGCCCGGUAACCUAUCAAGAUGGGAAGCAAAGAUAUGAAGCCCUGGUACCUGGUAAUACUGACUAUGCUGCAGAAUACUGUGAUCGUAUAUAUAUUUGUGAGAGUAACGAAAAACUUCAGAAGUUUUUGAGGUCACCGAUGAAAUACUGGAAUCAGAAGCUCCCGCACAAACUGCCCCCGUUAAGGGAACCCAUAUUGCUUACUAGUCUUCCUUUGCCCGGAUACCUGGAACAGGGUACUGCAACUGCUCUAAUUAAAGCAAUGAACGCAGCGGGAUGCUUAAAGCCCAAAUUCCCCUUCUUAAGUGUAAGGAGAUCUGCGCUACUAUAUAUCGCUUUACAUCUAAAAGCAUUUAAUCCCAGAAGUUCUGAAUACACAAGAAAAAAGUAUAAGAAGAAGAUGGAACAGUUCGUAGAGAGAUGUGAACUCAUCACAUACUUGGGUGCCAAGAUGACCAGAAAAUACAAGGAACCUCGGUUUAGAGCCAUUGACUUUGACCAUAAACUAAAGAGCUUCCUCUCCCUCAGAAAUGUAGACCCAAUUAAUGGAUAGUUUGCUUAGGUAACUGCAGCUCGAAUCUUGCUAGAGGGGAAUCAAGAGAAGUAAACUGAAAAUGUGGCCCUCUCUAAAGCACUUUUCCCUCCUGAGAAAUGUACCAUGGUUGUUAGACUUCAAAUGGACUCAAAGUUCUGCCAGCCAGGAAGAAUCACUUUUCUGUAAGCCUAAGUUUCAAUACAAUUUUAAAGUUUAUUGCUCUUUGCCUGAACACCGGUGCUUUAACAAAAUAGGAAUUCCAUUUAUAAUUCCACUUAGAGUAUUUAAGUAAAUUAGUCUAAUAAAUGUAUUGUUUAUUUUCCUUUUUUAACAUUUUCAGUCUCUGUUAAGGAAAAUCAUUUAUUAAAUGUUAGAAAGCUCCAAAAAACAAAAUUAACACUGAUAUAAAUAAAACAGAAAUGGUUAUAUGUUUUAUAUAAGAAAGUGUUUAUAAAUUUUGUGAAUGUAAGACACUA